AUGAAACUUGAAUUGCUAUUAAUCGCAUUAUGUUUCAGUUUUCUAAAUGUUCGUUUCUUGUUGUCCGGAGCAACAGAUUGCCAAAAUACAUCUACAAUAGCUUAUACUAUCACCGUUUCACAAUCAGGUGGUGCGAAUUUCACCACCAUUACAAAUGCUCUUAAUUCCAUUCCGUCUGACAAUAAUCAAUGGAUUAAAAUAUUGGUUAACCCGGGAACUUAUAAGGAGCAAAUUGCAAUACAGAAAGAUAAAGGAGGUUGCAUAAUUCUUGAAGGAAAUGAUCGUACUACUACAAUUAUAACCUUUGACAAUCAUUUUUCUACAUCAAAUAGCACUACUUUUGCUGUGGACAUUGAUAAUUUUGUAGCUAGGAAUAUCACCUUCAAGAACUCUUAUGGUAUUGAAGCACUAGAUGAUACGAAGCGAGCUCAAGCCGUUGCCCUCAGAUCUUAUGGCGACAAGCAUGCAUUUUAUUCUUGUGGUUUCGUGGGAUAUCAAGAUACACUUUGGGAUUAUCAAGGUCGUCAUUAUUUCAAGUCAUGUUACAUUGAAGGUGCCGUUGAUUUUAUAUUUGGAAACGGUCAAUCUGUGUACAAGCAUUGUAGCAUAAAUGUCACGGGAGGAGGAUACAUUACUGCCCAAAGUCGAUCAUCAACCAAUGAUAACAGUGGUUUUGUAUUUAGAAAAUGUCAUGUUUCGGGAACAGGGCAUGCAGACUUAGGACGAGCAUAUGAUGCUUUUGCAAGAGUUAUUUUCAUUGACUCAGAAUUCAGUAAAGUUGUUAAUCCUGAGGGAUGGUUCAUUUGGCAUCAAAAUGGCCAUGAAUCUGAUGUGACAUUUGCAGAAUUUAAUUGCACGGGUCCAGGUUCUGAUACUUCAAAACGUGUUCCAUGGAUAAAGAAGUUGGAUCAUUUUACAGUUAAGCAAUAUGACACACAUGCCUUUAUCAAUCAAGAUGGAUGGAUUUCUAAACAACCUUUAUAA